CUCAUCCUCUGCCAUUGUCGUUCGGUUGUGUGGAAAGUGCUCUCGCGCACUGACUUGCAGCGCACCUGCGCACAUAAUGCCACCUGCUUCUGCAUCCGCACAGUGCAACCUGCGUGUAGUGCCGUAAAGUAAUCCCUACCGGCAAUCCUUUGUUUGAGAAAGUAACUGUAUUCAGAAUACACCAAUUUAAACUGGAACUAAAACGGAAUACAAUUACUCUUAUUUUGUAUUUUAAAUACGUAACGCCGUUACAUGUAAUCCGUUACUUCCCAACCCUGCCGACACCACAUGAAUGCAGCAUAAAGCAUUCAAUUAUUUUACUUUCAUUUCAGGUAAAGGAACAUGGCCUCCGCUGGUUUUCUGCUCUUAACGCUCGCUGUCCUCAACAGUAUAGGAAGUGUGAAGAGUAUUGCCUUUGUGAAAAUUCACUGCAAGACUCAAAACAUCGGACAGUAUGAGCAGGAGUCACGACUUGACUGUGUAAUCCACUACUCGGGAGAGGUAAAAGAUCCUGAAAUCAUGGUGGUAACUUGGAGUAGAGAGGGGGUUGAAGAACCCAUACUUAAAUACGAAAAUGGAAAACUAACAUCGUUGCCUGGAUAUUCAUUUGCUGAACCGUCCUGGAACAACAAGAACGUGAACGUAUCCCUGCUCAUUCACAAAACUGCUGUUAAGGACGAGGGAGUUUAUAUAUGUUUUGUGACCACAAACAGUGGUUAUAAGCUCAACCAAACCAGACUGAACGUCACAGCCAAAUACGGAGUGCCAACUAUUCAGCCUCAACCUCAGGACAUUGAUCUCGACACCGAUGGUUCCCUGACAUGCAAGUCCACCGGCUACCCAAAAGGCCGACUCAGCUGGUUUGAUAAAGACAACAAGCCUUGGUUAGACCAACCCGAGGUGAAGGUGCUGAAGACAGAGAAUGGUCUGUUUACCCUCUCAAGUACGCUGAAAAUACAGCGAGGAUCCUCCUUCUCCCAGUACACCUGCAAAGUGUUCAACGCCAGAGGAGACGAAGAGGCGGAGGAAUCUUUCAUCAGUGGAGGAAGUUCACAGAGUCAUGCUCAGUCCUCUGUGGAAAUUCACUGCAAGACUCAAAAUGUUGGACAGUAUGACCAGCAGUCACGACUUGACUGUGUAAUCCACCAUGCUGAAGACCUAGAAGAUCCUGAAAUCGUGGUGGUAACUUGGAGUAGACAGGGGGUUGAAGAACCCAUACUUAAAUACGAAAAUGGAAAACUUACAUCAUUGCCUGGAUAUUCAUUUGCUGAACCGUCCUGGAACAACAAGAACGUGAACGUAUCCCUGCUCAUUCACAAAACUGCUGUUAAGGACGAGGGAGUUUAUACAUGUCAUGUGACCACAGACAGUGGUUUUAACACCAACCAAACCAGACUGAACGUCACAGGAGAUGAUCAGGAAACGGAGGGAGAUGUUCAAGAAAGUCUGACUACAGGGCUGGGACAAGACGCCAAAUACUCAAACAUGAUUUUGGACACCAAGAUAGGGGCUCCUGUGUUGGUCGUCGGGUCUCUGAUCUUGCUAGUGUUUUACAAAAUACGAUCUCAGCAAGAUGAUCAGGAAACGGAGGGAGAUGUUCAAGAAAGUCUGACUACAGGAGAAACCAAGACCACUCUUACUGACGACCACUGAAAUCAACACUUCUUGUUUGCUUGAGCCCGCAUCAGCAUUUUAACUUUUCCUAAUGCAAACAUCCAUGUACAUAACCAGGUAAAGCUUGUAUCACUGUGAUUUAACAGAAACUGUAAGCGCUUUGUUCACCCUUAAUCUACCAAGUAAACAAGCUCCAAUCAAGUUUAAAAUGUCAACAAAGACUGAUAUAUCGCUGACAACAGGAGUAAAAGGGGUCCAGGUCAGGCUCUGUUGUCUUAAAGUAACCACAUUGGGAACCGUUCCGACACCACGGAGUCUCUGAUGUUGAUUUAUGGAGGACAAAAGUGUAUAAUGUGAUGAUUUAGCCCACGCAAUAACUGUAGCUUUUGGCAGCUUAUCAGCCUCCUUCUUACUCCCUCUUCACAUUCCAUGUCUUUAGUGAAGGGUUAGAAUCAUGAAAUACUUUUAAUCCGUGUGUGUGAGUGUGUGUGUGUGUGUAUGUAUUUUAAGGAAAUGCAACUAUUUCCUGCCAACGUUUCUUUUAUUCAUAUAUGUUGUGCUAGGAGGGGUUAGAGGCAUAAAAACAGGCGUGCACUCUCUGCCAGUCUGCGCGGGCGCAAUCAGGAGAACAAAAAAGUUUGGGAAUUUCAUUCACUGUGUGAGAGUAUGUAGUCAUAAGACAAACAUUUCAGGAAUGCCAGACAUCCAUCAAACUGGUCGGAGGCAACAGAGCAGGCUGUGAUAGGCCCUUUUUUUGAGGUUUGGUUUAUUUAACUUUUUUCACAACCGAGUUCUCAGAGAAACCGCCUCGCAUGCCUUUAAAAUCUUGAAUUCUGAUCGAGCCUGCGUGUCAAGCUCGAGCCUGUCAGACCAAAUAUUCUCUACUGUACUGAAGACAAGCCAAAAGUGGAAAACAAAACUCCUAAUCAAUCAUAAAUGUGAAUGAUUAACUGUUGUAUAACACACAGUUAAUCAUUGACCUGUUUGGAGAAAAAGCAGUUUAUGAAGUUUAUGAGUUUAUGAAAUUAACGACAAACGUCCUUAAACUACUGUCAGUCAUUCAGAUUCUGUGUGUCGUGAAAAUUAGGUUUAUAUACAUGUAUGUGUUUGUAAAAUGAACUGUAUACUCUUUUAAUUAUUUUUUUAUCGUGUUUUUUAGCACUAGCACCUUGUACAAACUGUGAAUUGUGAUUGUAUGGUAAUAAAACAAAGUCUAAAUAAAAAAAACAUAAAACAA